CUGACUUUUCCAGACAAAUGAGUUUCUUUUUUCUUACUUACAAAUAAUACACACUUCCUUGACGGGGGCUAUACGAAGAAGAAGACCCCUGACUUGGUCAUCGUCGUCUCAUUUCCUUAGUCCUUCUUCUUCACACCAAUUAACCAAAAGUCUCAAACUCUUCUGCUUCUUCAUUCCAUCUUCCUUGUCCGUCUCAGAUUUUUUUUCCCCCUUAUGACCUAAGAUUCUUUCUUUCUUGAAACCUUGAUUUUGAUCAAGAAAAUGGCUUCCCGCAAGGAGAACGAUGAUAUCCCCAUGCUUCCAAUUUCAGACUCAUCAUCUCGUACCAGAGCUUUCACUUCCAGGAGUCGUAGUGUUUCUCUCUCAAACCCUAGUUCUUCCAUUGACGGAUUCGACAACUCAGCUGUGGUUUUAGGCUACACGGGUCCUCUUCGAACUCAGGGACGUCCUCCUUUAGUUCAAAUGAGUGGUCCUCUUCGAACUCAGAGACGUCCUCCUUUAGUUCAAAUGAGUGGUCCUCUUACCUCUACUCGCAACCCUGAACCUCUCUCUCUUCCUCAUCCUUCUACUACUACUACUUCUUCUGAUGUCUCUUCUCAGCUUGACGAUGAGUUCGUUUCGAAACACGCCAAUCUCUUGAAAUCUGGACAAUUAGGGAUGUGUAAUGAUCCUUACUGUACUACUUGUCCUUCUUAUUACAACCGUAAGGCAGCUCAAAUCCCUCAUUCUAGAGGCUCUGCCAUUUUUGAUUCCAAGUCCCAUAAAGCUCUGUAUGAUGAUGCUAAAGGUUGGGCUAGGAGUUUUCUUUCCUCUGCUACUAGAUACUUUCCUGGAAUCAUGAAUCCUCAUGCCAAAGUGGUUCAAAGCUGGACUAAAUUCUUUGCCCUUUCAUGCUUGUUAGCUAUUUUUAUAGAUCCUCUCUUCUUCUUCCUCAUUAAAGUCCAAGAGAGAAACAAAUGCAUUAUGAUUGAUUGGCCAGUGACUAGAGUUUUUGUAGCUUUAAGAAGUAUAACAGAUGUUAUAUUCUUUUUCAACAUUCUACUACAGUUCCGAUUAGCUUAUGUAGCUCCAGAGUCUACUGUGGUUGGUGCUGGCCAGUUGGUUAGUCAUCCGAAUAAAAUUGCCUUCCAUUACCUCCGAGGAAAGUUUUUCCUUGACUUGUUCAUAGUGAUGCCACUUCCACAGAUAUUGAUACUAUAUAUAAUACCAAAACACUUGGGGGUAUCCGGAGCAAACUAUGCUAAAAACCUUUUAAGAGCUGCAGUUCUUUUCCAAUACGUUCCAAAGUUAUAUAGACUUUUACCUCUUCUUGCUGGACAAACACCGACCGGUUUCAUAUUUGAGUCAGCCUGGGCCAAUUUUGUUAUUAAUCUUCUCACCUUCAUGCUUGCUGGACAUGUUGUUGGCUCUUGCUGGUAUCUUUUUGGUCUGCAGAGAGUUAACCAAUGUCUUCGAAAUGCAUGCGGUAGUCUUGACCGUGAAUGUCGAGAUCUUAUAGACUGUGGUAAUGGAAAUAGCAGCGAUGUACUAGCACGGGCUACCUGGAGAAAUAAUGAGAGUGCCAGUGCUUGUUUCCAAGAAGAUGGUUUUCCUUAUGGAAUCUAUGCAAAAGCAGUCAUUCUUACCAAUCAUUCUAGUCUCCUCACAAGAUAUACUUACUCUCUCUUCUGGGGGUUUCAGCAAAUCAGCACUCUUGCUGGUAACCAAGUCCCAAGCUACUUUCUAGGGGAGGUGUUCUUUACUAUGGGUAUUAUUGGAUUGGGACUUCUGCUUUUCGCUCUUCUUAUUGGUAAUAUGCAAAAUUUCCUUCAAGCUCUUGGUAAAAGGAAUAUGGAAAUGACGCUAAGACGGCGUGAUGUGGAGCAAUGGAUGAGCCAUAGACGGUUGCCUGACGGUAUAAGAAAGAGGGUGCGAGAAGCUGAGCGGUUCAACUGGGCUGCUACUAGAGGGGUUAACGAAGAGUUGCUCUUUGAGAAUAUGCCUGAUGACCUUCAAAGAGAUAUAAGACGACAUCUCUUCAAAUUUCUCAAGAAGGUGAGGAUAUUUUCCUUGAUGGAUGAAUCAAUCUUAGAUUCCAUCCGUGAGAGGCUGAAACAGAGGACUUACAUAGGGAGUAGCACAGUGUUGCACCGCGGAGGACUAGUUGAGAAAAUGGUAUUCAUAGUGAGAGGUGAGAUGGAGAGCAUUGGAGAAGACGGUUCUGUUCUACCAUUAUCGGAAGGCGAUGUUUGUGGUGAAGAACUCCUCACUUGGUGCCUUGAACGCUCUUCUGUAACCCCCGAUGGGACGAGGAUAAGGAUGCCAGCAAAAGGGUUGCAUAGCAAUAGAAAUGUUAGGUGUGUGACAAAUGUAGAAGCGUUUUCGCUGUGUGUAGCAGAUCUUGAAGACGUAACGAGCUUGUUCUCGAGAUUCCUAAGGAGCCAUAGAGUCCAAGGAGCCAUAAGGUACGAGUCUCCAUAUUGGAGGCUACGAGCUGCUAGGCAGAUUCAAGUGGCGUGGAGAUACCGUAGGAGACGGCUUCAUAGAUUAAACACUCCUCAGUCUAGUUACAGCCCUCCGAGUGAGAGACAUGAUGUUGAACAAAUCAACAAAUUUUUUUUUCUUCUACUUCGGAUUAACAAAAAUAAUACAGUAAUAAAAAAUAAUACAGUUUCAAACAUACCUCAUGCCUUUUCAUGCUUGUUAGCUAUUUUUGUAGAUCCUCUCUUCUUCUUCCUCAUUAAAGUCCAAGAGCGAAACAAAUGCAUUAUGAUUGAUUGGCCGAUGACUAAAGCAUUUGUAGCUGUUAAAACUGUAACAGAUGUUAUAUUUUUUAUAAACAUUCUACUACAGUUCCGAUUAGCUUAUGUAGCUCCAGAGUCUAUGGUGGCUGGUGGUUACUACUUAGUUAGUCAUCCGAAGAAAAUUGCCCUCCAUUACUUCCAAGGAAAGCUUCUCCUUGACUUGUUCAUAGUGAUGCCACUUCCACAGAUAUUGUUAUUGUGGGUAAUACCACAACACUUGGGCGCGAACAACCUUUUAGGAAUUGCAGUUUUUUUCCAAUACGUUCCAAAGUUAUAUAGACUUCUACCCUAUCUUGCUGGACAAACACCGACCGGCUUCAUUGAGUCAGCGUCGACUUAUUUUGUUAUCAAUCUUCUUAUCUUCGUGCUUGCUGGACAUGCUGUUGGCUCUUUCUGGUAUCUUUUUGGUCUGCAGAGAGUUAAUCAAUGCCUUCGAAAUGCUUGCGGUCAUCUUGACCGUGGAUGUCAAGAUCUUAUAUACUGUGGUGAUGGAAAUAGCAGCGAUGUACUAGUACGAGCUACCUGGAGAGAUAACGCGAGUGCCAAUGCUUGUUUCCAAGAAGAUGGUUUUCCUUAUGGGAUCUAUUUAAAAGCAGUCAAUCUUACCAAUCAUUCUAGUCUCUUCACAAGAUACAGUUACUCUCUCUUCUGGGGUUUUCAGCAAAUCAGCACUCUUGCUGGAAACCAAGUCCCAAGCUACUCUUUAGGGGAGGUCUUCUUUACUAUGGGUAUCAUCGGACUAGGACUUUUGCUUUUCGCGCUUCUUAUUGGUAAUAUGCAAGUUUUCCUUCAAUCUCUCGUGAAAAGGAAUUUUGAAAUGACGCUAAAAUGGCGUGAGUUGGAUAAAUGGAUGACCCAUAAACGGUUGCCAGAAGAUAUAAGAGAGAGGGUGCGACAGGCUGAGUGGUAUAACUGGGCUGUUACCAGAGGCUUUAACGAAGAAUUGUUCCUUGAGAGUAUGCCUGAAGACAUUCAAAGAGAUAUAAGACGACACCUUGUUGUAGUUUGAGCCUUUGAUCAAACCUGCAACAAAAAAAGAAUGAAUCAGUGUGAUGAAGAUGAGAAGCAAAGCAACAGAAGAACAGAGCAGAAACGACGCGUCGGAGAUGAGACUCGUGAAGAGAGAAGUCAACAGAAGGAGGAAGUUGAGGCUUUGUGUUUUUGUCUUAUGGGCCGUUGGAUUGUUCAAGACUCAAUAAGGAAGAAGAAAAAUGGUGUCAUUAAUCUAUGUUUAGCUAGGUCUAAAGUAGAGUUGGAAGUAGCUGUUAAAGUUGUGUCAAGUGUGAAAGUGUGUUUAGAGUCCCAAUAUGUAGUAGGGUGACUCGUGCAAGAGUCUAAGACUCUAGAGUUAAUAUGUGUCUGAGAGCAUGCUUGUGUGUGUAAGUUUCUGGUGAAGUAGUGUAAGUGUUGUGUAAGAAUCUAUCCUAGUUUAUUA